UUUUUUCAAUUUUCAAUUGAAGAGAGAAAUAAGAAACGUUUUUUUCUGGCGUCAACUGUGAGAGCUCUGGAGAGUAAUUUCAGUUGAACAAAUCGAAUCUAUACGAAUCCCGCAGUACUACGUUGUUGUUGCAGUUCACACGCUAGCUUCUCCAUUCUUCUGAUGAUUUUCUUCUCUCCAUCUGGGGCGGAGGAAUUUGCAAGAAGAAUGGUUGCUGCGGCGGGGAUAGCUUAGUCGGCAGCCAUGGGAGACGGCAACAACACCAACAGAGGCCUCAUCUCGGCCAACGCUGCCAACCGGAACACCAACAACGGCGGCAGCCACCACAAGAAGCCGGAGUGGCUGCAGCAGUACGAUCUGAUUGGGAAGAUCGGAGAGGGAACCUAUGGCCUUGUAUUUCUCGCUAAAAUCAAACCCCCUUCCCCCAGCCGCGGGAAGUCCAUUGCCAUCAAGAAGUUCAAGCAAUCCAAGGACGGUGAUGGMGUCUCCCCUACUGCCAUCCGCGAAAUUAUGUUACUGCGGGAAAUUUCACACGAGAAUGUCGUCAAGCUUGUAAAUGUUCAUAUUAAUCAUGCAGAUAUGUCGCUGUAUCUAGCUUUUGACUACGCUGAACAUGACCUCUACGAAAUCAUCAGGCAUCAUAGGGACAAGGCUAACCAUCCCAUUAAUCAGUACACCGUUAAAUCCUUGCUCUGGCAACUGUUCAAUGGAUUGAAUUAUCUCCACAGUAAUUGGAUUAUUCAUCGUGAUUUGAAGCCAUCAAAUAUUUUGGUUAUGGGCGAUGGAGAAGAACAGGGAGUGGUUAAGAUAGCUGAUUUUGGACUUGCAAGAAUAUACCAAGCUCCCUUGAAGCCAUUAUUUGAAAAUGGAGUUGUUGUGACCAUUUGGUAUCGUGCACCUGAGCUUCUCCUUGGAGCAAAGCACUAUACUAGUGCUGUUGAUAUGUGGGCUGUUGGAUGCAUUUUUGCUGAGCUUUUGACAUUGAAGCCAUUAUUUCAAGGGCAAGAAGUCAAAGGGACUCCAAAUCCUUUCCAGCUUGAUCAACUUGACAAGAUUUUUAAGGUUUUAGGCCAUCCCACACUAGAGAAGUGGCCAACACUUGCGAAUCUUCCACAUUGGCAACAAGAUCUACAGCACAUACAGGGACAUAAAUAUGACAAUGCUGGAUUGUAUAACGUUGUCCACCUUUCUCCAAAAAGUCCUGCAUAUGAUCUUCUAUCCAAAAUGCUCGAGUAUGAUCCUCGAAAACGUAUAACAGCAGCCCAAGCUCUUGAGCACGAGUAUUUUCGUUUAGAGCCUCUGCCAGGAUACAAUACUCUGGUGCCAGUCCAACCUGGAGAGAAGGUCAUUAAUUAUCCAACUCGCCCCGUGGACACAACAACGGACUUUGAGGGAACAACUAACCUUCAACCCUCACAAACGGUACCAUCUGGAAAUGCAGUUUCUGUGCAAGGUGCUCAUGUGGUGGCAGGCAGAUCUGUCCCCCGGCCAAUGGCAGGAGUUGGCAUGCCAAGGAUGCCACCUCAGGGUAUGGCUGCUUAUGGUCUUGCAUCUCAGGCUGGGAUKGGUGGCAGUAUGAAUCCUGGUGGCAGUAUGAAUCCUGGUGGAAUCCCGAUGCAGCGAGGUGUUUCUGCCCAAGCUCAUCAGCAACAGUUAAGGAGAAAAGAUCCAGGAAUGGGAAUGCCGGGUUAUCCUCAGCAGAAACAACAAAGACGCUACUGAGUGGUAUCAGGAAGACCUGAGAUUACUUGUAGGCAGAAGCCAAAAAUUUGUCUGUGCACGUCUUACAAAGCUGAGGGGAUUGCUUGUUGACUUAUUUGCAAGCUGAGGUGUACCAACUCGGUCGGGAAUUCAACUACCAAACACGUUUCUUGACACAGAAUUGACUGAUGUUAAUGUGGCAUCUCAGAUUGCAUGAAUUGCUUCACAUGCAUCAGUUUUCUUGAUAUAGGUAACCUGGCCAGGAGAAACUAGGUCCUCUUGUAUUAUAAUACUCCAAAGUAGUAAAAUGGCAUUAAUUUGGUCGACACGAAACCCGUUUUGUGUAAUUUAUGUACAAGGUUAGAGAAGUGGGGAAAGGAAAAAGGAUAUAGGAUUAUUGAACCCUCCCACCCCCACCCCAAAGAGUAGAUCAGUCCUUCAAUAGCAAUAUUUGGACCUUUUCUGAGGUUUUCUUAUUAGUUACUGUAAAAGAAAAUUCAUCUGUUCUGUGCAGUUCAUUAAUAACUUGCAGUUCCAGUAUUUUAUUGGU